CAACACAAGCAGAUGAUUACUGUUACGGCAUCGUGACAGUUCUUCAUUGUCAAGUCUUUAAAAAAUAAAUACAGCGACCUUGCACAUCUUCUUUCAACACCUCUAUCUAACCCCUCUGCACCGUACUAAAUUGAACAGAGUAGAAGGGAAAAUGCUUGGUGUGAAGAAGUUGGAUCAUGAAUGAAUGCCGAAUUAUGAUUAAAUCAGUUGAAUGAAGCCGUAUCAACACAUCAUACAUGAAUGCAUGCGACUUAGCCAGCCAUUUUAGAGUGCCUACAGAGAAAUCCUUGAAAUGGACGCAUUAUCAACGUGUAAUGAAAACUGGUGAAGAAAAGUAAAGACUGAAGACAGCACCUGAUUUACAAGUUAUAGAAACAGAUUAUGGAAAGUGAAGAAACAACAGGAGAAAGUUCCUAUCCUGCCCCGGUGGCCCCCGAGAUUACAGACAUCCAGAAACGCCUCCAACAGUUGUGCGGGGGUGAAAGCCAGGAUUCACAGAGUAUGCCUGAAAUAAUUCUUCUCCCAGAAACAAAACCCAAAAAGAAGAAAAAGAAAAAAAAGAAGAAAAAUGCUGUGGAGUUUGAGGGGGGUGAGGAAAAUGAGCAUAUCCCUUUGACAGACACUGCUCUCUCCAACCACAGCAUUCAGGAAAUGGAGUCAGGAGCCCUGGGCUUCCCUCCAGCUAGUCUCAUAGAAUCCGGAGCUUUGGGAUUUCCACCAGUUCAACCAGGUCCGGCGGAAAAUCCAUCUAUAGACUUGAACAAUGAAACUCCAGUAGAGGUAGCUCAAGAGGAAAUUGGUCUUGGGCAGUCAGUGGGAGAGAGUAGUAUUCCUCCAAAUAGGGGUGGAUUCAGGGGUCGAGGUAGAGCCCCAUUCAGAGGUAGAUGGAGGGGGAGAAGAGGAUACAGACGAGGGGGACCUCCACUGUUUCCUGGUCCUCCAGGACCUUUUGGACCCCCAUCAGGACCACCGCCACCACCUCAGUUUCACUCAGGAUACCAAGGACAAUAUGAUCCAUCUUAUAAUAGCUAUGACUAUUCACAAUACUAUGGAGUGGGUGGACCACCACCACCUUACAGUGGACCCCCACUGAUGAAUCCUCAAGGCCCAGGGUCAAGUUUCGUGCCCCCGGACCCUUCAAGUUGGGAUCAGUCUUCUUGGGGAUACCAAAAUGACCAAAUGGCUAUGCCAUAUCCACAACCAGUUGAUCCUAAUCCGCACAACUCGCUCCCUCCACCACUACCAGUAGAACCACUAGCAUUACCAUUCAUAAAUCAACCAGAAACUCCACUAGUUGUGACACCUAGUCAGCAAUUACCCAGUAUUCCAAUACCACCUCCCCCCUCAGAACCCCCUCUACCCUCCUCUAUACCACUCCCACAACCAUCAGCCUCUGAUAUUCCAUUGCCACCAUCAGAUAUACCCAUGCCACCCUCCUCUUCAGCAAACAUAUCAUCUGAUCAAAUUCCACAGGAGAAAACUGACUCUAGUACAAAUUUAUCUUUUCGCAAGGAAAAAACUUUAGUUGAUAUGGAUGUACCAGCCUUAUCGCCAGCUGAACCUGAGGAAGUAAAAAAUGUUUCGGAGUGUGUUAUGCCAUCUGGAGAAAUGUCACUAGUAGUUGAGACUACGCCUGUAGUGGGGAUGUCACCAACUGCUGAAAUCUUAGAGGCAGAGAAAAAAGAAGAAAUCUGUGAUAAUAAACAAUCUGACCACAUGGUGGUUGAUUCAAAACCAGAAACUGGAGAGGUUAACAGUUUUGACAAUGCUGGUGCAGAAAGUGAUUCGAAAAAUGAUACCUUCAAUGAUAAAGACCUUGAAUCAGAAAAACAUGAUGACAAUCAUAGUAAAGACAAUGCACAAGAAAAAGUACCAGUGAAAACAACAGCACAAAUGCUGCUUGAAAAAAUAGCAAUGAAAAAGAAAGCAUCUGAAACAGCUGAAUCAGGGGAAGUAACUGAAACAGGGACUGAAGGAACAAAACAAAAGGUGUUUCUAAAAACAGGCUCAAAGUUUUUGUUGAAACAGUUGAAACAGGAUGCAGGGAAAAUUCAGUUUAGUGUCAAGCAUGGAGUAACAGGUCCAAAAAAGGGAAAUGCUUUACAAAAGCCAGAAAAAAGUGAAGUAGAAGACGCGUCCAAGCAGAAGGGAGGUGCAAGGGAGUUGUACAAGCCAUCAGAUAAAGACAAGGAGGAACUACUGAUGGAAACAAUGACUCCAAAACAAAGGGAUUCUUACCUUCGUUAUCAAGAACAAAAAAAGAAGGAGGAGAGACGAAAGCAGCGAGAGGUAGAAAGAGAAACCCAGAGAAAGGAGGAACGAGACUCAAAGAGAAGCCAUAGAGACAACAGUGAAAGUGUGGAAAAAGAAAUAGAUACAUCAGACACAUUCUCUAGUCCCAAAACAAACCUAGGUAGUGAACAAUUGACUGAUGACAAAAAGAUUGAAGGAAAAAGUGAAGAAAGGACUAAAGGUGCAAGUGAUCAAGAGGAGAAAAGUAUGGAAACAGAAUUGAACAACUGUGAUACUAGUAUUUCACAAGCAUCAACUUUAUCAGGGACAGAAAUUGAAGAUAAGCAACAGUCUGAAAUACUGCCUCAAAAUGCACAAACAUUUUCACACAGCACAUGUAGUGAUCAUUCUAUUCCAUCAUUAACUUCUUCCAAAAUUCACAGUGUCAAAAUUAUCACAAUAAACAAGUCCAAGGAUGGAGAGCAAGUACAAACUGAGAAAAAAAAGAAAUCCAGAUGGUCAGAGACGAAGGCAGAGACAGUACUUUCAUCAAACCCCACCAUCUCAGAUGACGGGCCUACUGCUGCGUUAGUGACAACAGAUACUGAAGCUUACAACCCAGACAACCCUACAGAAUCGCCAAAAUUAUCCACUACUUCAGGUGAAUCUGAGAUGAACUUGCCAAAAAAGCCCACAGGAAUGGAAUAUUCCCCGAGUCAUCCAACUGAGGACUACUCCCCCAGUAGACCGACCGACACCCCCAGUCCAAGUCUCCCAGAGCAGGACAACCAAAGCAGUGGGGCCAAAGACUCGGCCUUAGUGUCCAGUGCUCAAGCAGGCACCAAGCUAGUGUUAGAGGAGCAAUCAAACAAAGAGAGUGAAAAUGAAGACAAGUCAAACAAAAAGUCAAAGAAAUCCAAGAAAAAAUCUAAACAUGCUCACAGAUUGGCCUCUUUGUCACCUGACAAGGGCAAAAAUGAAAGGACUAAAGAAAAUUUUGGAGUGGCUAGUCCAAAAGUGAAAGACAGUUUUUCAUGGGACAGUGAUGACGAUAUUGUACCAGUGGUGAAGGACUCUACGCAAUCAUACCACUCCAGAAGUAGGUCACCUGCUUCAGUUGAUAGUAAACAUAAUAACAGUUUAAAAAGUGAUAAGAAAAGUUCUGGUAAACACAGAAAGUUCUCUAACUCAAGAUCAAGAAGCAGGUCUUUGGAUGGCAGAUCACGAAAACAAUCUGUAUCACCAAGGAAACAUAGGUCACGCUCCAAAUCCCACAGUCCAUCAUGGGAAUCUACGAGAGAGACAUACAGGAAAUCUAAUGUAAAAUCUAGGUCAUCAUCCAAAUACAAAAGUAGGUCAAGAAGCAGAUCUUCGUCCAAAGAUAGUUAUUUAAGGAAAGAAAAAACUGCAUCAAAGUCAUCUAGGAAUAGAUCCAGAAGCAGGUCUGUUGAUUCGGAUGAAGACCGUGGGAGAAAGACGAAAUCUUCAAAGCGACAUUCGACCAAACACUCAAAAUCAAAAAGUAGGUCAAGAAGUGGAUCAAACGAUUCAAUAGAAGCAAAAUAUUCCAAAAAAAUGUCAUCUUCAAGGCACAGGAGAAAAUCAUUGUCACCAAAAUACAGUAAACAGUCACCACACAGCAGAUCUAGAUCAGUAGAGAGAACUGAUAAACAGAAAAGUAAGAAGAAGCGUAGUGAUUCAUACUCAUCCAGUCGAUCAAGAAGUAGGUCUGUGGAUUCCUCACGAAAACAUAAUUACAAAGACAGAUCUAUUUCUCCAAAAUAUAAGAAAUCAGAGAGGAAAAAGAAAAAGCAUAAACACUCCCCUAAUAGGUCCCGUAGUCCAUCUUUACUUAAUUCCAAAUCAGAGAGAACUAAAAAAUCCUUUGAGAGACAAUCAGAAUCACCUUUAUCUCAAAGGAGAGGGAGAAAGGGAUCCCCAAGUUAUAGCAGAAACAGCUCUGUGUCACCAUAUAGAAGAAGAAGAAAUUCAUCUUCACCAGAAUCAAGUAAACGAUCCUCCUCAAGAAAGAAGACUCAUACUCAAGGUUCAUUAUCACCAUACCAGUCAGAUAGGGGUGGGCAAAAAUCUAACAAAACCAAAGACAAAUCUCCACAGAGUUCUCCAAAGAGAGGUCAAGAUUCAGUGCCAGAGGAACGAAAUCCGAGAGAAGAAUCUCCUGACCUUUCUAAAGAGUCUAGACCUCCGAUAUCUUUUAAAAUGAAUAUAAGUAAGCCAAUAAAAAGAGAGCUGCCAUCUCUCAGUAAUAAGCUGGAGAAUUCCAUCGAGAAAGCUGUGUCAGAAACAACUGAAAGUUUGACUCAGAAGGAGAAAUCUAUAGAAGGAAGAUUGACAGAGCCUCUAGUAGCAACACCACCACCUUCUAUAACCUCUACUCUCUCAGUGGAAAAGUCCCCUGAACAAAGACUCUCAAGAUCUAGGAGCAGAUCUGUUGACUCUAGUGACCAGAAGCUUUCCAAGAAAGCCAGAAAAGCUGCAAAGAAAGCCAAGAAAAAGGCUAAGAAGCUAGCUAAGGAAAAGAGAAGGAGAGAAAAGGAUGAGAUAGAAACCUCCAAUUCAUCUUUCAAUAUUAGCACAGAGAGUAUGGAUAUUGGUGAGAAUUUAGUGGGUGUAAUGAAAGAAAACACCUCAGAGUCCAAGAGUAAUGAGCAAAUUGAAGACAAUAGAACAGAAGAUCACAUAAAGAGAGAUCCUGAAAGUUCAGGGGGUAAAAAGUCAGGGAGGUCUAAAAUGUCAAAUAGUGAUGAGGAAUCUCGACAAACUUCAAAGGAGCAAAGUGCAUCUACAAAACACAAGACAAUCACAGUGGAUGUGUGUGCCAUUCCUCUGCCAGGACAAGAGCUUAUCCAUGAGAAAGUCAAAGAAUCAUCAUCCCGUCUGGAAGAAAAGAAACCAGAGAAACCGAUGCCUAUUAUAACUGAUCUAUCAUCCAUCCCCAUGCCUGGUGAGGAGCCUGUUAUUGUUGGAAAGGACUCUUUGUCUAGUGCAAUCCCAGAAAAGCAAUCUGUGGUAAAAGGUGAUGUACAGUCAGAGUUAGAAGAUGAUACAAAGCCUAGUGCACCAAAGAUACAAGUAGAAUCUGAUAAAGAAGUGAAAGCUGACAAUCAGGUGUUAUCCAUUACAGAAAAAGUUACAGACUAUGCAUAUGCAUCCGAAAUCAAGGAACCAGAUGACCUAGAGCAGCCGCAAAAGUCUGUUGCUAAUGAGGAAAAAAUCAAAAGAGAACUGAAGAAGCUCAAUAUAGAUAUGGUCAAAGGUACGUUUGACCUUGAAGGGUACCAACCAAGACGAAGGUCAAGAAGAUCAUUCAACUCCACUGAAAAAGAUUCUGAAAGUGAAUCAAAUGAUUCAUUUAAAAGGACAACUCGCAGACAUUCAAAGGCAUCAAACCCUGCAGAGGACUCAGCAGAGAGUGAAAAUUCCCAGACAGAACUUAUUCAGAGUGGAAGUGAGACAGAGAAGUUGAAUGCAGAGGUUGUAAAGGAGAACCAAGAAACACCUGUAGAAAACCCAGCCAAAAGAAAAAGGAAAAGCAGAUUUAGUAAUGUUGGUGACGUUGCUGAUACUAGCGAGAUAUCAAUGUCAGAAAAGAAAACGGAAUCAGGCCCAAUUGACAUGUCUCCUGACCCGAGCACACUACCCAAACUUAGUGUCACUUUGGAGCCAAUCAGAAUAGAGAAAGGCAGUAAAAAGACUCCAAUUAAAUUUGCUCUUUCUAAUGUUAUGAAUGUGAUUAGUAAAGUAAAGUGGGAUGAUGACGAUGAAGAUUCAAAGACAAAACCUAAAUUAAUUCUUGGUAAAGAUGAUCCUGAUGUAGGGUUCACUGCAAAACCAGAUGACAUGGCAAAGUCAGAUGAUACAGAAAGCUGUGAACUGAAAGAUACAAAGAUGACUGUAAAACCUGAUGUACCUUCAGGUGUUACUUAUCCACUGUUGUCUAAGCCAGGUGUCUUGGAGUCUGCAGAAUCCAGUGAAAGGAUGUCAGUUUUAAGAGAAGGAAAGAAACCUGUAAUGAUCGAUGACAUUUUUCAGACAGCUUUGAGAAAAGCAAAGGAAAUCGUAGACAACAAAGUAAUGGCCAGUGUGGAGGAAGAUAAAAAUAUUUCCUCAGAUAUUCCAAGUGGAGAGGACAACAUUGAAACUGUUGACAUGGAAUGCGAUUCCAACUCAAACAGCCAGGAUGCCAUUAUCUUUCAGGAAAAUGACAAUUUCCCACAAAGUUCUGCUCCAGCCCCUCCACCUAUGACAACAUUCCCUAAAUUGUCCCAGGACAUUUCCAAAGAGACCACGAUUCCUGAUUUUGGAAUGUCUCUGAAGAAAAGUGCAUCCUCCACUGAAAGAAAGCAUCCUUCAUCUCUCUAUGUCCCUCCACCAAUGGAUAUUCCACUGCCUCCACCUAACCCUCCACAAAUACCCAAUUUUUCUAUUCCUCCACCUCAGCCAAUUGUCCCAUCAUUUGCACACACACCAACACAUAUUCCAAUACCAUUGAAUGUUUCAUCCAGUCUACCUGUACACUAUGCUCCACCAAUCCCUAUUUCCUGUCCACCCCCAGAUAUUCCUAUGCCCCAAUCUACAUCACUUCCAGUUUUACCCACAGAUAUUCCAUUGCCGCCUCCACCUCCUGAGAGAAGCACAUCAAAAGAAGGCAUUAAAACAUCAUCCCUCUUACCUCCUACAGCUGAGCAACCUCAUCUUCCCUCAGAUAUUCCUAUACCUCCAGUUACAAAGGUUAAUCCAUCUGAUGUUCCAAUGCCAGCAGAAGAGGCAUUUGUUCUUCCAAGCAAGGACAAAGUUAGAAAUGCACCUGUUGAAAUAGCUGUGACUUCUAUACCUGAAUGUGUUAGUCUUCCAUCAGAAGUCAUUCCAUCAACAAGUAGGCAUUCAAAGGUUUCAGAGUCAAUUGAAUCAAUAAAAAUUAGGAAAUUUGAAAAUCCAAGCACAUUUCUUUCAAAUCAACAAAAUACUUCAGUCAAAAAAGAAGCCACUCCUUUUGACUCUUCAAGUGAAAAUGUUGAACCUACUGAACAAAAUGUAGGGGCUGGUAAAGAAGACGAUGCCAUAAAAUCUGACAGUAAAUUGUGUGAUAAAGGUGAUGAACAUGCAGAAAACACACCAAAAGAGAUUGAAAAGGCUUCUUCCAUAGAUAUACCUCAUAAAUCUUCCAUAGAAUUGUCCAAGCAAGCCUUGUUGGCCAAAGUCGGUGCAAAACAAAAAGACAGCUCAAAAGAAAAGAAGAUUGCUUUUGGGAGAAUUUCUUACACUCCUUUUGGUGAGAAAAGUAUUGAGAAAUCAAAGGAUGGAUCAGAAUCCAGUUUACCCAUCAAGAAAACACCAAUGAUAAAGAUAGGCCCAAUUAUAAUGAAUAAAGGGAAAGACUUGGAUACUGUGAUUGGUGAAUCAUCAGAGGAUGGAGAAGUGAAAUCAGAGUUGGAGAGUGAAGACCAAAAUAGACACAGAGGUCCCCUUGAGUCACUUCGCAACAUUCCAAUCUCUCCUUUAUUAUCAGAAAAACCCCAUGAGCACUCCAAUCCAGCUUCCUCAGGUUUUGGUUUGUUGUUAAAGAAAGAUCCUCAUCCAAGCAUGUGGAUGUCGGAUAAUCCUAAACCAGAAAUCCCCACUAAUCCAACAUCAAGUGCCUCAGAAUCAGAGGACUCGAGAUAUAAUGACCAGGAAUAUUAUAAGAAAGUGGAUGAGUUUCUAAAGAAAGUAGAAAAGCCUAAAACAACUGUGGAAAGAAAGUUUGAUGAGUUCUUGGAAAAAGCAAGGAAACCUAAACCUGAAUCGCCAAGUUUGGAAGAAAAGGUUGACGAGUUUUUGAAAAAGACUGAAAAAAAGGAUUCCAGAGGAAGUAGCUAUGACGAAUAUAAAAGCAGCAAGCAUGAAAAGGAUGAUUAUGAUAAACACAGAGAAAGAGAUCAUAGAGAGAGAGACCGCAAGGAGAGAGAAUAUAGAGAAAGAGACAAAGAUAAAGACCAAAGAGAUAGAGACAGUAGGGAUAGGGACAGAAAGCGUAGAGACAGAGAUAGGGAAUAUGAUGACAGACGUAGAGAUAGGGAACAUGAGGACAGGCACAGAUCUAGAGACGGGGAACAUGAGGACGUACACAGAUCAAGAGAUAGGGAUUAUGAGGACCGGCAUAGAGAUAGGGACAGGGAACAUGAGGACAGACACAGAUCAAGAGACAGAGAAUAUGAGGACAGACAUAGAGAUAGGGAAUAUGAAGAUAGGCAUAGAGAGUUGGAUGAUAGACACCGGAGAAGGGAAAGAAGAGGGAGUAGAGAAAGGAGCAGAUCAAGAGAGAGGUACAGAGAGAAGGUUGGAGAAAGAUCAAGAGAGAGGAGCAGAAGUCGAUCCCGAAGCAGAAGUAGGGACAGAGAAAGGCGUAAUUAUGACAAGCGAGGCAAGAGAAGUAGACAUGAAAGAGAAGAGAGACGACUCAGAGAUAGCAGUGAUGAGGAACAAUCACCAAGACACAAGUCACGACAGAGCAAGUCAGACAGGGGGGAAGAGAAAGAGAAGAGAAAUCUCACUGAUGAAUGGCUGAAGUUGGAGAGCCAGUUGGCAGCCAAAAAGAAAAUGUUAGCAGAAGCAGGAGUAUCUAUAGCAACACCUCAGCCUCAGCAAACAGCCACGCAGCCUGCCAAACCAGAAUAUUACCAAGAUGCAUUUGGCAAUUAUUACCCUCUUCCCGCAAACCAAGCAAAUACCAUGAGUGCCUAUCCAACAUAUCCUCAGUAUCCAAGUUCAGAUCCAAACACUGGAUAUCCACCACCUCCUCAACCUCAAGUCUAUUCUCAUGAUGCAUACCCUCCAUUGCAGCCAACACUGCCACAAGCAUCACAUGUGUACAAUGUGCCAAAUACUCCAGUCUACAAUACUCAGGGACAGCCAAUACAGCAGGGAAUUCCAUAUGGUCUGGAUACCUCACUGAGGCCUCCGGUUCAGCCCACUCCCACUGCAGCACCAAGGGCAGCUGUUGUCUAUGGACAAGUACCCACUCAGCCCAGUAUCCUGUCUGCUAUUUCAUCACCAGCAGUGGUUCCCCCAUCUUCCACUUUACCACUUUCAUUACCUCAUGUCAGUGCACCCAGUUAUCGGGGUCCACCUGGUCCAGUGGUACCGAAUAUUGCAGCAAGCCAGCCUGAAGUUGGUGCAGUUCGUCCAAUGAAUGUGCCACUUCAACCAGGUCCCCCGAGAUUCCCCUCCCAGGUUCCAAGUACACUUGUUAGGCCUCAAAGGGUAGGCUCUCCUUCACUUUUCUCAGCGCCAGUUCAACCAAAAGGUUUCAUUCCUCUGCAAACAACUGUUGAUGGAAGAGGAGCUGAAGAUACUACUCCUACACCUUCUGAGGAAGAUGAAGAAGAAUCUGCAACUGCUGAAGAGAAAGUAGAAGAGGCAGAGCCACAGCCCUCACAACCUGUGACUACCUCCGAGGAGUCUCCCCAGCCCACACAUAAUGUUAAUAGACAUCUGCCAAUCAAACUAGGCUUUAAACAGGCUAUCAAGGACAUUGAACUAGGACAGCAUCCCCCACCCCCCACAUCUCCUCAGGUCAAAGAUGGAAAGCCAGAGAAAGUCAAGUCCAGGUGGAGGAGGUGUAGUGAACUGGACUUGGAGAGUCCAGCUCGGAACACAAUGUCACCGUCCAUGGAUGCUAAUAGUGUGUCGUCCUCCACAUCUCAGUCAGAAACAGAGAAUGUGGAUGAGAAAGACUUUUCUGUGAUCAAGAAAGUGGUGGAGAACUACGACGCCUGGGAUCCGUCGUGUGAUCUUCCUGUUAUGGCAUCAACUAUCAUAACAAGAAAUGAGGCACAGAAGAAGGAGAAGAAUGAGAAAGAAAAACAAAGCGUUCAAACUGCUGACACAACUACUUCCCUGGUCGCUGAGACUAAGACAGAGGAGGAAGACAAGGCCCCUAAAAAACCACCGUUUGAACCUAUUGAAGAUAACAUCUAUCUCUGUGAAAGGAAGAAGAACAAGAAGAUGAAGGAUGUGAGGAGGAUGGUUUGUGACUGCUCCACCAGCAAGGAAGACCGAGACAUGGGCUACGAGGCCUGCGGGGAGGACUGUCUCAAUAGGAUGCUCUACAUCGAGUGUGGAAACCGGUGUCCUUGUGGAGAGUACUGUACAAACAAGAGAUUCCAGAAGAAACAAUAUGCUGAUGUAGAGGCAUUUGUAACAGACUGGAAAGGAAUGGGUUUAAGGGCUACAGCGGCAUUACAACCAGGAGACUUUGUUAUGGAGUAUGUUGGAGAAGUUUUGGAUUAUAAACAGUUCAAAUCUCGGGUCAAACAGCAAGCCAAGAUGGGCCAGGAACAUCAUUACUUCAUGGCCUUAAACUCAGAUGAAGUCAUAGAUGCCUCAUACAAAGGAAACGUCUCUAGAUACAUGAACCAUAGUUGUGAUCCAAACUGUGAGACACAGAAGUGGACAGUAAAUGGAGUUCUACGAGUGGGGUUUUUUGUCAAGAAGGCUGUGGAACCCCUUACGGAGCUGAACUUUGAUUAUCAGUUUGAAAGAUAUGGAAAAGAGGCCCAGAAGUGUUUCUGUGGGUCAGAGAACUGUCGAGGAUUCAUUGGGGGCAACAAAACCACCCCACUGCGCUCCACCAGGCGUCAGGAGGAGGAACGCAAGAAGAAGGUGGACUUUGAAGAUGAUCUGCUUGAUGAGGAGCUUGAAGCCAUUACAGCGCUGGAGAAUGGACUGAGGAAUAAGGAACAUGUCCUUAAUAUAUGUCGUCUGAUGGUGAGGGCUGAGGACCCAGAGCACAGAAUCACAAUUCUCAAAUGUCUACAAGACACUGUGGAAGACAACUGCUUGCGGUUGUUUCUGGACUAUCACGGACUGGAGUUAUUGUGGAGCUGGAUCACGGAUAGCAAGGAAGGACCUGAGGAUGUCAAGAUCAUGAUAUUGUCACUGCUUAAGAAGCUUCCCAUUACUAAUAAGAAUAUUCUGAAAGACAGUAAAAUCCUUCCUUUGAUCUGUCGUCUGGCUGGGCGUGAUGAAAACGAUGACUUGUCAACUGUGACAAACCCCAUGUCUACUCACCUAGGACAUAAGGGGGAGACAAAGUCCAUAUUGUCCACCUCAGCUGGAAAAGACAGGUCGCAGAAAAAGAGAGUGAAGUUUGCAGAUGAAGCCUCAAGCUCUGAUAAUGAGUCCCAUUCCAGUAUUACUGACACUGCAGGUGACACAGCUUCUGGUGAGUUAGAACUGGAGGCUGGACCACGACCAAAGUCUGAGUCCUUAUACAAACAAGUCCUCGAUAAAAGCUUGGGUGAAGAGGCAAAUAUGGACCAAGAAGGAAAUGUAGAGGUAUCCAUGUCUUCUGCAGAUUCUACAAACAAAGAAGAGGAGGAAGAGGAGAAAAAGAGCGAAGUGUCAGAGGAGGUUAAGGAUGUGUCAGAGGAGGUUAAGGAUGUGUCAGAUGGUGAGGUUAAGAGUGAGGAAAACAUUGUCUCUGAAAGUGAGGAAAAAUUGGUGAGUGAGAGUGAGGAAAAUACAGCAUCAGAUGGCAAGGAAGGGAAAAUGGAGUUUGAACAGGAAGAAGUGAAUGAAGAGAUCACAGAGAUGAAGACUGACAUUGAAUUACAGGCAGAGGAACUCUUGUUCUUAUGGAAAGAUCUAAAGGAGCUUUUCAAAAUUCCAAAGAAACAACAAGUGGAAGAGAGAAAGAGAAUAGAAAAAGAACUAGGUAUGCCUAAAGAUAAAGACUUGGAGAUACUGGAGAUGAUUCAAGACAAGAGUAAGCAAAGAGCUGCUGGCUGGGACACAGGUAUAAGGAAGAGGAAAAGAGCCCCUCCCCCUCCCCCACCAUCAAUGGAGGAUGAGGACAGAAAAGUACUUUUGCCAACGCCACCCAAAAUCAGUAAAGCAGAGCACCGCAAGAUGUUUGAGGCGCGGGUGAAGGCUCGAGAUGAGAUGGCUAUUCGUGAGAGGCAGCAGCAGGAGGUAUUCGUGAACCAGUUUUACAGUGAUCCCAGCAACAUCCUGUACUUCAAUCGUACCCCCAACCACCCACUGUACGGCCUGCCGCCGGAUCAGCAGUUACAGAUCCUACAGUCCCAGCCCAUAGAGGUGCAGUAUCAGAUGGUGCAGGGCUACAACUCACAGGAGGUGGUAGAGCAUUAUAUUGACCCUAACACAGGAAUACCAAUCACGGUGGAGCAGUUACAGGCCAUGUACCAGCACCAGCAGCAGCCCGAGGUCAUGUAUACCGAGGAUGGACAGCCCAUACAGCAGGUCUGGCCCCAGCAACAGGUCCAGCAGCAGUAUGUGAAUGCUGAGGGACAGUUAGUGUCUGUACACCAGGUGGACCAACACCUGGUCUACUCAGGGGUCCCCCAGCAGCAGCUGUUGGCUCAGUCUGUGGAGGUCUCAGGCACUCACACCCAGGUGGCUCAGAUACCUGGUCAGCAAGUGUACCUUCAACAGAUGGAAAGCACAAGCCCUACAAUUGGUCCUUAUGGAACUCAAACACAGCUAGCAGUUGUUCCUCCUGUUGCCAUAGCAACCACUUCCUCUGGGGAUGAUGAUGACCCCCCUCCCCCACCAUCGCCCCCAAAACCAAAAGUAGAGAAGCUACCUCCCAACUGGAAAUCUGCCAAGGACUCUGAGGGAAAGACCUACUACUACCACACAGUCACAAGGUACCACAAGGGCAAAAGACAAACCCAGUGGGACCCACCAACCUGGGAUGGAGUGGCACCUGAUGAUGCAAUGGAUCUGGAAUCUCCUCUGUAUGAGGAAAUUGUGAAGGGCAAAAGUAAGAAGACGACAACAGCUGCAGCAGAUACCUCCAGCGAGAUGGCCAAGAAGAUCAAGGACACGUUCAGGAAGACCAUGUCCUCCUACAUCGUGGUGUGUCUGAAUCCAUUCAGAAAGCCCGACUGUAAGAUGGGCAGGAUCAUCUCCACCGAGGACUUCAAACACCUGGCAAGGAAGUUAACACACCAUGUAAUGGCCAAAGAACUGAAACACUGUCGACAUGUUGAGGACCUGGAGGUCAAUGAAAAUGUCAAAUCCAAGGCCAAAGAUUACGUCAAGAAGUACAUGGGCAAAUUUGGCAGUGUGUACAGUAAAACAGGCUCACCAGAUAUCUGAAGCCUCCACUGACUGGACUGGUGAACAAGAAUAAAAUAAUCCCCCCCCCCCCCCAAGAAUCCUGUGACUGAGAAAUUGUGGACAGAUGUUACACCUAAAUGAGAGACUACUUAUCUGUACAGGUCAUAGACCAGGGAACAGCAAAAUUUGUGUGUUAUAACACAUAUAGAAAGUGGAUAACUUACAUGAGGAGAGUGCUAGAUUUGCUAAAAAAAAAAAAAUCAAAUGAGUUUAAUCAGUAAUUAUUUCGACAAUGGUUAAAUGUGCCUAUCUGAAGGAAGUACCAAAAUUUUGUGGAGUAGAUGAUGGUUUGUGGCACAUCAUAUUCAUAUAUACAUGUACACUGAAUGUAUAUUGACAUUGUUCCGACUUCAGAAUGAUAUAACUGGUAGAACUACACAUGUACAUUUAAUUUUUGAAAGAAAGUUUUAAAGUUUCUAGAAUUUAUACAGGUAUGUACACAAUAGUUGUGUGAAUGUGACUAUGAUAAAGUAAGUGGAUAUCAUUUAAAGGCAGCAAGUUUUAUAUGGAUGUGUGUUUGAAUGCUUUUUCUAUAAAAAUACGGCAGACAGUUUUUUUUUUUAAUGAAACAUUUGCAUAUUGUGAAUAACGAUAUGAUUAUUUUGUUGAAGUUCGAUUUAAAUACAUUUUAUGUAUGAUUUUUUUUUACCCUAGGAAUCAAAUAAUGUAACAAAUGUUUUAUAGAGAAAUAUUCAUGCAUGUUGUAGAAAUUGAAUUAAAUGUAGGUGUUCUGUUUAAAUAUUGAUUUGUACACAAGAAAUUCAUAAAAUGAGAUGUGUAUGUAAAUGGCAUUGUACGUAAAUCUGUGGAAUGUUCAACAAACCCCAGAUUGUGUGGAACAAUCAUCGAGUGCUUAUAUGUAACCAUAACUCUUUCACAUGUUGGGCAUAUUUCAUAAUCACCGUGUGGAUUAACACACAAAAUGUCACUUAUUUUACAAAUGUCAUUAAUAAUUGGAUGUACAUAUUCUGUUUUAUAGAGGUUUACGAGUAGUUUUUAAUCUAAUUGAAUUCAUGUCACUGUGAAUUUUCAGCAGUUUAUUAUUUUGAAUAAAAAUGUUUUAAAGAAACUA